GUGUGUGUGUGUAGGCAGGUGAAUCAGAGGCUGCUGCAGGGUCAGUCUCAGGUGGAGGAGCUGCAGACGUCUCUUCAGGAACACGGAUCCAAAGCAGAAGAUAUGGUGCUCAUGAAGAGGAAGUGUCAGGAACACCUGGAGAAGUUAAUGGACGCCACUAACGAGCUUCAGAUGAACAGUGCAGCGAUCGAAGAGCUGGAGAACAAACACUCUUCCAGCGUUCAGAGGGUUGACGAGCUGGAGGACGCGCUGAAGAAGAAGGAUGAAGAUAUGAAACAGAUGGAGGAGAGAUACAAGAAAUACCUGGAGAAAGCCAAGAGUGUCAUUCGUACUCUGGACCCCAAACAGAAUCAGGGUUCUGCUCCCGAGGUUCAGGCUCUGAAGACCCAGGUGCAUGAGCGCGAGAGGAUGCUGAUCUCACUCCAGAAGGAGUAUGACAAGAUGUCGUCUCAGAAAGACCAGGAGGAGAAACUCAUCGUAUCUGCCUGGUACAACAUGGGCAUGGCUCUGCAGAAGAAGGCGGCUGAGGAGCGUCUGGCCAGCACGGGUUCGGGUCAGUCUUUCCUGGCGCGUCAGAGACAGGCCACCAACUCCCGCCGGACGUAUCCGGGCCACGUGCAGCCCACCGCAGCCAGGUAGAGCGUCGCCACGGCAACCCUCUCCACAGCCAAUCAGGAUACCUGACUCCACCCCCCCACCCCACCCCUCCCCAUCCCAACCUCGCUGUCUUAAUAUUCUCCUCCACUGAUCUGACCAAUCAGGGUAACCGGACAUGCCCACUUUAAUCAAAUCAGCAUUAGUUAAUGAACACGCUCCAAACUAAUGAGAGCUUUUUUCCUGUCGGAUGCUUUUCACCAGAGGCUUUGCAGUAUUUUAAGAGUGGUUCCUGAUGCGCAGUGUUUUAUUUGCUCUUCAUCUGCUCUCAGCUGCUGUCCUUCUUGAUUCUUUCAUCUGUCCUCUUUAUUCUCCAUUGAUAUCUAUGCAUUGAAAGAGAGAAGUGUUCAUCAUGAUGUUUAUUUAAAUGCACAUCAGUCUGUUGUUUCUUCCAGUGUUUUUCGGUGCUUGUUGUUGUUUGUUUUGUUGAUUCAUUCCCGAUGCCUUAACACAGACUCACAGCUGCUGUCGAUCCCUGUCUGGCGUCUGCUGGCGUCACGCGAGUCGCGUGUGGGCCGUCCGGUCCGGACUCUUUAAAGCCACGAUCCACACGCUUCCACCAGUGACGCUCAGCAGACGCUCACCGCUGAAUCUGUGUGACUGACACCUGUCAAUCUCUUUCUCUCACAGUGACCUUAAAGCAUGAGCGGCAGGGGGCGUGGCUGCAUGUCAUCAGGGGGCGUGGCUGCAACAUCAGGGGGCGGGGCUGCAUGACUGCCUGUGAUUUGAGCUCAUGCUGCUGAGUUUAACCCAUCGCUGCACACUAACUAACCCAGAAUGCUAACCGCUUUCCUUCCCAUCAGAAGUGGGCGGGGCCGGCGCCUGUCAAUCAUGCUGUGGGCGUGAGCUCGGAUUACAGAUGGAUGAACUCCUACACGUUCCUCAUGUUUUCAUUUUAGCCUCAUUGUCAUUGUGGUGUGUUUCAGUAUUUCCCGUAGUUCAUGAACAAACAAGCUCCUCAUACCUGAUUCAUCAGCAUUUUAAUCGAUUCUUCCCUCAGCGUCUGGCUGCUGGAUGUGUUUUGAGUAGAAUCAGUGUGAGAAUGACAGAGGAACCAGCGCCACAUCCUUCUGUUUGUUUUAUACUAAAUUAGUAAGUGCUUUUGAUGAGGAUGAUGAUGAUGAAGAAUCUGACACAAUGUUACAGCGAUAUUCUGACAUUUAAACCUGCUCUGCUGCUUUUCUUCAUCAGCUGUUACUAAAUAUUCCUGUAAUAAUGCACAGUGAUUGCGGGACGAGACGGACUCGUGUCUGUGACGAUCAGUGUAUCUGUUACUCCAGCAGUGUUCUUGUGUGGUUUUUAUCAGGCGGCUGAAGGAGUUUCUCAUGAGUUCAGAGGUCAAACACAACCGUCCAUGAGCAGAGAAACACCUGAUACUUCAGUCGUGAUCUGUGUGAUACUAAAGUAGCAAAUAUUCGUUGCAUUUGCCAAGUUUUAUAUUGCUUGUAUACAAUAUGUACAUACUGUAUGUGUGCGGCUGAAGGAACCGUGUCUCAUUCACACUCUGUUGAUGAAUCUGUGCUUCCAGCGCUGCAAAACUGUACAGUUGUUGUUCAAGUUGUAAAUAAAGCUUGUAUAAAACAUCGUGG